AUGGACUACUUGUCUGAGAAAAUGACCUUGUCGGAUUCGAACGCAAAGGCUAUUCAAUUGCAUUUGUUAAGAACAAUAACAGAGGGUUUUGCAGAGAAAUUGAAAGUUGGUAGUGGUGGCUAUGGAGAAGUUUACAAGGGAUUGCUCAAUGGGGAUGAAAUUGCUGUCAAGCAGCUUUUUCCCGUUCCUGGACUUAAUGAUGAGGCAUUUGAUAAUGAAUUUCGCAACCUUAAGAAGGUUCAACAUAAAAAUGUCAUACAGAUGAUUGGGUAUUGCUAUGAGAUAUCACAUAGAGAUGUUGAGUACCAAGGACAAUUCGUUUGGGCUCAAGUAAUAGAUCGAGCUCUCUGCUUUGAAUAUAUAAAGGGAGGAAGCCUUGUCAGCCAUAUUUCUGAUGAGUCAUGCAUACAUGAUUGGCCGACAACAUACAAAAUAAUUCAUGGGGCUUGCGAGGGCCUGCACUACCUACAUAAAGGACAAGAACGGAAGAUUUUUCAUCUGGACUUAAAGCCAGACAAUGUAUUGUUGGAUGAAGAUUUUGUGCCCAAAAUAGGGGAUUUUGGUUUGUCAAAACUCUUUGGGUCUUCAUAUACCCACCAACUAAGCAGUUGGGUUCAUGCCACCAGAAUACAUAAACAAUUGCCAUGUUCACCAAAGAAUGACGUUUUUAGUUUGGGAGCCAUAAUUUUCCACAUGAUGGCUGGAAAAAAGGGCUGCCAAGAAUAUUGGGAUGCACGUCAACGUCCAAAUUUUUCCGCAAAAAUUCAACAAGAGUUUAUUGGGAGUGUACAAGAAUACUGGAAGACAAAGAUGCUGGCAACAGAAGGUUAUAGAUGGGACGAAACAGAUUUGCUAGGAGUAACAACAUGUAUUGACAUGGCAAUGCGUUGUGUGGAGAACGAACGAGACAAAAGACCUUAUAUGAAGGACUUUAUCAGUGAGCUCAACAAACUAGAUUCUGAAGUCGUGGAGAUGUUGAAGAAAGAUCCGAAACCACUUAUAUGCCAGCUGAAAAGGAAAAAUCGUGUAAAUGAUUUAGAAGUGGUGAAACAACAUAAAAGUCUGAAUGAUUUGGGAAAAGAUAUAUGGGUGGAUCCAUCCGUGGAGCUCCGCUUCCCGUUCGAGCCAAAGGACAUAUCAUGCUGCCUGCAGCUCACCAACAAGGCUGCCUCCAGCUACAUUGCCUUCAAUAUGAACAUCGGCGUAAACAAGUAUCGUGCACAGCCAAGCAAGGGGAUUUUAGCACCAUGUUCCAAGUGCUACAUCACCCUAACCCUGCGAGGGCAGGAAGAGCCGCCUCCUAAUAUUCAGUGCGUUGACGUGUUGGUCAUGCAGGGCAUAAGAGCGAGCGUGAACUUCAGAGCCGAUGAAAUCACCCAAGACUUCCUAGCAAAGGCCAGCGCCAUGGAUGAGGUGAUAUUGCCCAUUGUCUAUGUUCCUUGGACAACCAGCCUCUGUCUCAAUAGAGAGACUCGUGGAAUGUGA